AUGUCUGAGCCAGCACCUGAACAAGUCACACCAGAACAACAACCAGCAGCUCCAGAGGCUACACCAGAGCAGAAGCCAGAAGAACAACCACAACCACAGCCACAAAUUCAAUAUCCAGGCUACAUUCGUAAUUUAGCUACUUGGGUUGACUCUCCACUUCCAGAUAUCAUGCUUUUCUUCGAUAAGGAUGGAAAGGUUAUUGAACCACAUAAGAACAACUAUUAUCCACCAGUAGGAAAGACAGUUUACGAUAGAAAUGGAAAUCCAUUCAAGGCAAUUUAUCCAGAACCAGAAACAGUGCAACAGAGAGCUAUCCAGGAGUCCACUAAGUUCGAUCAAGAAACAUUCACGCCAAUGACAAAGAAAAUGGAUGAUUGGUUCCAAGCUCACGGUCUUUAA